UCACGGAUCAUAACACUUGUUCGUCAAAGACCUGGUCCUACUAUUGCAACAAAUUCACGCCGAACUGAAGGCAGUCUCCAAAUCGUCACCGCCUGUGCAAAGCAGCUCGAAGUUGAAUAUGCCGAACAAGUCAAUUACAUAUCGACCGACAGACGGCAGUCCCGUGCCAGCAUUAUCUAUCUGCGAUCACCCCCUCUGUUACCCGACGUUUCUGGCCAAACACCGGCAGAGACAUGGACUGAAUCCGGCCUGCGAGCGUGCGAAACCGAAUCAAGACGAGAGAAACGGUGUCCGUGGCGAUUUGGAGGCCAUACCAUCCUCCUUAACAGUACAGAAAUCCGAGCAAGACAAAUUACUGUACAUGUAUGAGCGGCAGAAAGUUAUCGACCUGUGCUCCUCAUACGCGUACACUUUAGACUCCACCAUGAUGAACCUCGACAUUGCCCACGAUUGGGCCAACCUCUUCACCGAAGACUGCGUCGUGACCUACCCAUUCGGGACGCAUAUCGGCAAAGAAGGACUGGCCAAGUUCGGCAUGAUGGCGGAAUCAAGGUUCACCCGGAUGCUGCACAUCGCCAGCAACUUCAUCGUCGAAUUCGAGUCGGAUACUGUUGCUCAUGCACGAUACACUUGCUUCGCAACCCACGGGCUGCACGAAUCGGACAUUUCGAAGCAUUUCAUGGAGGCUGGAUACUAUUACUCGUCGUUCCGAAGGGUGUCUGCGGCCGAUGGCUACGGUGCCUGGAGGUUCUCGCACCUCACCCUGGACAUGGUGUGGACUCUCGGCGAGUCGCUGGGACUGAACGAACCGCAGAAUGGAUUAGCUGAGACUCGAUAUUAG